AUGAACAAUGCGGACGAGUGGCGAUUGAGUCCGUUGUCUGCAGAGGACUUUUUCGCCGGUCUCAGUCUGAUAUUCAUUGCGAUCUUCUCCAUAUCAGUCUAUAUUAUAAUGAUGAAGAUAAUGAAGAGACAAGACAAGGAAAUUGUUGGAUAUCGGUUCUUGAUUUCCGCGGGGUGUUCUGACCUAUUGUUGCUGGUUAAUUAUGGAAUAUGGCCAGGGUUAACGAUACUGUCAAAGUCUGAAAUUAUACCGAAGACGUGGAGGACGUGGCAGCAGCUCUAUCUUGACUGGGCGUGGUUCUCGAUGGUAUCCCACUACUCUGUUGUCAGUUGGUCCAGAUGGAUGGCUAUCCGAAAACCUCUUGAUUUCCGAAAUCAGAAGAGGAAGACGUCCUAUUCGUUGUGUGCGUUGUGUUACCUCGUCGCACUUAUUCUGGUCCUGAGCACCCACUUCCAACCGUGGUAUGUCACAUUUUAUUACGAGCCAUCUUCCUACGGAAUGCUUGCUGAAAACUUCCCACUCUACCUAUCCGGAGGUCAAUCUGCAUUGUUUCUUGCAUUUCAUAUUGCAGCGAUAGUUCCACCAAUUGUAUUUUAUGGAUGGUCGAUCACUCUUCUCUAUAACAGAAGAGCGAAAAUGUUAUUGGGACAUCAACAAACAGUUCAAAACAGUAUUGAAACAAGAUUACUGAUGCCUUGUUUGAUCAACGUCGUCACUUUUAUUAUUGGUCAAGUUCUGAUAACAGUAGGCACUGGAGAAGGAAAAUGGGCUGGGUAUACUGUAAUGGUACUGUUUGCGGCAAACUCGGCAUUGAACCCAUUUCUUCUUUUGAUUUGCUCAAAGACUUUGAGAAAACAAGUGCUAGAUCUUCUAGGAGUCGCUAAAAUUGCGACACUUGACAAAUUGGAAACAUCUACAGUAUACAGAAAUAUCCACGCUGUCAACGGUGACUUCUGCUCCUCUAAACUCGUUAGCACUGACACUGGAUCUGGAUCCAGACGGUUCUUGAGUCUGCCGACGUUCCGUUCGAAAGAAGACUUCAUCUGUGGAACACCUGUCUGA